AUGGGUAAAACUGUUUGGAAUCAAUGGGCCAACCUAAUUGCUCUUACGGCCGGUGUCUUUGAAAUUAUAGGUGGCAUCUUUGGUAUGUUCUAUCGUAUCGCAAUGUUUGGACACAUAACUACAAUAUUUGAUAGAUUCGUUGAUCCUUUGAAUAUCCUGGCGAUUUUGGCGAU